CGGAGCAGCGGCGACGGCAGCGAUAAAGGCGCUGCGCUGCGAGAAAGUUGCGGACCCGUCCGCAGAGCGCACCAUCGUCUUCAGCGGAGCACACACAGCAGCUAGUGCAGCGCCAGAAAUUGUAAAUAAUUAACAGUAAAAAAACAAAGAAAAACUCACCACCAAAGAAAGUUAUAAACGAAAACGCUUAAGCAAAAACCAAAGAUGCAUAAAUCUAAACAAAUAUGAUACAUAGCCAAUAUGUAUAUAGAAACUAGCAAAGAUAAAUAAAGUUCGAAAGCGAGGAAAAACACCGAUCCCGGCAAGCAAAUGUCCGGAUAAGGGAGCCGCUACCUGACCAAUGGAUGAAAAUGCAGCCGUCGUCGCCGUCACUUUCGCCGUCGUCACUAUCGCAUCGCUUUUGUCAGCAGCAACAGGAAAAGUCGGAAAAGCAUCUGCAGGAUCAGAAGGAUCAGAAGGAGCAGUCCAAGCUGGCCGGAUACUCGCCCUGCCACGCCCACGCCAAUCGAACGCCCUCGGUCGGUACGGCAGCGCUGCCUCAGCUGGCGUCUACGCCCGCCCCGGCAGCAGCGGCCUAAGUUGCCAAACCCAAGGAAUCCCACUUCGAAAUAGCCCAUCUAAGCAGCAGCAGCAGCAUCCACAGAUAUUGCAACUGCAACAGCCACAAAUACUGCAACUGCAACAGCCACAAAUAUUGCAGAUAUAACUGCAACAGCAACUGAAAUUGCAGCUGCAACUGCAACAGCAACGCACACAACAUAACGCAUAAGGCAGCACACAAAGGGUAGCAGGAUAAACCGGAAGCGGAAGGACAGGAAGAGGCAGGACGGGCAGCGGACACAGGCAAACAAAAUGGCGGAUGGUGGGCAUUCAUUCGUGAAGAAGACAUUUCAUAAGCCAACAUACUGUCACCACUGCUCGGAUCUCCUCUGGGGCCUCAUCCAGCAGGGAUAUAUCUGUGAAGUUUGCAACUUUAUCAUUCACGAACGAUGUGUCACCAGCGUGGUAACGCCCUGUUCCGGCAUCGCUCCAUGUAUUAUAAAGAAUCCCGUUGCCCAUUGUUGGUCCGAGCCAACUCAUCACAAGAGAAAAUUCUGCACAGUCUGCCGUAAGCGAUUGGAUGAAACGCCAGCGGUGCAUUGUUUAGUCUGCGAAUAUUUCGCGCAUAUUGAGUGCCAAGAUUUUGCCGUGCCCGAUUGCACCGAGAAUGCCACUUAUGUGCCGGGCAAGGAGCUGCUUAAUGUGAAGCAUCAGCAUCACUGGCGAGAGGGCAAUCUUCCAUCAACGUCCAAAUGCGCUUACUGCAAGAAAACCUGUUGGUCCUCGGAAUGUCUCACUGGCUAUCGCUGCGAGUGGUGUGGCAUGACGACCCAUGCCGGAUGUCGCAUGUACCUGCCAACCGAAUGUAAUUUUGGUAUUCUACAACCUAUCUACUUACCUCCGCACUCAGUCUCGAUUCCGCGCACCGAGGUGCCCAUCGAGGCCAUAAUCGGCGUCCAGGUCAAAUCGAAGACUACGCUCGUGCGCGACUACUCGUGUCCCAGUCCGGAUUUGAGCUGCCCUGUUCCGGGUGCAGGAUGUGGGUCACUGGCGGGUCUUAACCUGAAGGAGCUGCUCGAGCUACACAGGCAAAGGCUUGAGCAAUCGAAACAAAAUUUUCUCCUUUCCACGCCGCCCACGCCCACCUCCUGUGGCUCCAUCUCGCUCUGCCACUCGCCCACGCCCUCCUCGCUGACAGUGGGUGAGACGAGCAAUGAGCAGGAUCACGAUCAGGAUCGGGACGCCCCGGGGCAGGAGGAGGAGCCCGAGGAGGAGAACACGGAGCAGGACAGCGGCGCCCUGCAGCUGACCACCUCCACGUCGAAUGUGAUCGGGAAUCUGCAGAAGUCGCCCUCGGCCAACUCCUCGCUGCACCUGCUCUACACGAAUCUCUUCCGGAAGCUGGGCCAGGGCAAGCGGAGGCGGAAAAGGGGCUCCAGCGGAGGGAUCUCGCCCAGCGAGGACGAGGACGAUGUGGACGGCGGUGUCUGUGAUAUAAGCGGUGGCGAUCUUAGCGAUGACUAUGACCACUGUGAUGUCGCCCUGCGCCGGCGAUCCCUGCGCAGUCGGCAGCCAAGGGAUGUCAGCGAGACGGAUUACCACGGGGAUGCCGAGGCGGAGGUGGAUGGCGAGACGGCGCCCAGGGAAAGCUGCUACGAGACCUCCGAUACGGGUGGCGAACUGACCAACACCGAUGAGGCCGACAGCAGCCUCAAUCUGAUCAGCAACCUUAGCUAUAAUAGUAGUAAUAACAGCAACGCCUCCAAUGCUCCAGGAGGAGGAGGAGUCGGAGGAGGAGCUGUUAAAAGCACCACCACCACCACCACUGCCCCGGGAAAGUCCGGACAAGCCUUGAGCGUCCAGGGCGGACGCCAGCAACCCAAGACUGGGGCUCUGGCCCAAACCAAGCCCAAGCCCAAGCCCAUACUCAUGCCCAAGCACAAGGCGCAGGGCAAGGGCGGCUCCCUCAGCUCCCCGCUGUCCAACUCCAACUCCAGCGACUGCUCCUCGGCCUCGCCCUCUGCCCCGGCCACGCUGCUGCAGCUGUCGCCGGUGGGCAGGAGCAAGUCCUUCCAGGAGUCGGCGGCCAUCACGGCCGUUUCGCGCUACAAGAAGUACGGACGUGGACUUUUCCAGCGACGACGCUCGAAGAGAUCGCCCAAGAAUGCCGUGGGAGCGGCGGGCGGUAAGAGCAACUACAGUUUGGACAGGCUGUCGCAGAACAUCGAGAUCACCAUCCAGGAUGAGGAUGGCAAUUACCAUCCGUAUGAUGACAACUUUCAUAUGCUCGCCAGAAGACUGGACGCCACCGAUGUGGACGACGAUGUGGGCUUCGAUGAUCUCUACCUGGACGACCGGCCGAGUGGGGCCAGUGAUGAUCUGGCCUUUGCCGGCGACAUCAGCGACGGUGGGGCCAGCAGCCGAUCGCGGGCCAGUGACGCCAGCGAUGGUCAUGCUGGCCGACUGCUUCGCCAGAUGCGGCAGGGCCUAUCCGUCGGCUGGCGCAAACCGCGCUACCAGAAGCGCCGAGCACGCAGCAUAUCCGAGGAGUUCAGCAGCGGCGAAGCACCCCGUUACAAGGACGAGGAGUCGGCCAGCAAGACCGAUCCGGGACAUGGACCCACCAGCAGUGGUGGUGGCGCAGGAGGCGGUGGAAGCGGAGGUGCAGGAGGGUCAUCGACGGCUGGUGCCUCGGCAUCGGCUGCCGGAGGUUCCUCCGGUCAUUAUAGGCCCGAUUCCGGUUCCGGCCACAAGUCGGAUAAGUCGGAGAAGGAUCGCGAGAAGAAAGAGAAGGAGCGCGAGGAAAAGGAUAUAGAGAUGAUCAAGGUGUUCGAUGGCAACAACUCAUUCCGACGCCAGCAGUACCGGGUGAUCAUCGUGCAGCGCACCUACACGCUGGAGCAGCUGCUGACCACCGCCCUGCGGGCAUUCCACAUCACGCGCGACCCGCAGGCCUUCUACCUGACCGACCUGUACGCCCCAGCCGGCAUGGAGGACACCCCGAUGCUGGAUCCCACGCCCGUGCUCAACCUGACCCAUCUGGAGGGCAAGAGGCCGGCCAUUUACCUACGGUUCCAGGACCGCGAUCGUGGCCAUGUGCGCGUCUACCCCGGCAAGCUGCAGUGCUCUUCGCUGGAGGAUCCCUAUGUCAGUGUUCCUGUAGAUAAUAGCACAGUUAUUAAGGAUUUGAUACGCGAUGCCCUGGACAAGUUUGGGCUGCAGGAUAACCAGAUACAGGACUACAGGUGCUCGGAGGUGCUGCUCGAUCGCGGCGUGACCGAACGCAUCUUAUCGUGGAAUGAAAGGCCCUGGGAUAUUAUGAAGCAGCUGGGCAAGGACUCCAUUCGCCAAAUGGAGCUCAUGCGAUUCUACAUGCAGCACAAGCAGGACCCACAUGGCCCGAAUAUCGCCCUGUUCGUGGGUAACCUACCCACUGGUCUCUCGCAGCGCAACUACGAGCAGAUCCUCAACAAGUACGUAACGGAUGAGAACAAGUUCAUUAGCAUUGGACCCAUCUACUAUGAGUAUGGAUCCGUGGUGCUCACCUUCGAGGACACAAUGAAGGCGGUUCGCGCCUUCUACAAUCUCCGCGAGACCAUCAUCGAGGACAAGAAGCUACUGGUUUUGCUACUGCCGAACAUUGAGCCCAGCAUGGUGCCCUCGGAUGUGAGGCCACUGCUGGUCUUCGUCAAUGUGAAGUCUGGAGGCUGCCAGGGAUUGGAGCUGAUCUCCAGCUUCAGGAAACUUCUGAAUCCCUACCAGGUCUUUGAUCUGGACAAUGGCGGUCCUCUGCCUGGGUAUGUCCUAUUCUUAGUGAUAUUUAUUAUGUUUCUUAUUAAUUCGUUCUCCCCUAGCUUGUAUGUAUUCCGACAAAUAACCAACUACAAGAUUCUGGUUUGCGGCGGAGAUGGCACCAUUGGAUGGGUCCUGCAGUGCCUGGAUAAUGUGGGCCAGGACUCGGAGUGCUCCAGCCCACCUUGCGCUAUAGUUCCAUUGGGAACUGGCAACGAUUUGGCUCGCGUAUUGUGCUGGGGCUCCGGUUAUACCGGCGGUGAGGAUCCCCUAAAUCUACUGCGCGACGUCAUCGAGGCGGAGGAGAUACGGCUGGACCGCUGGACGGUUGUCUUCCAUCCGGAGGACAAGCCCGAAGAGCCGGCAAUGAAGGCGCCCUCGCAAACAACCGGUGGUGCCCAAAACGAGGAUAACUCUCAGAUCUUCGUGAUGAACAACUACUUUGGCAUUGGCAUAGAUGCUGACCUCUGUCUAGACUUUCACAAUGCGCGUGAGGAGAAUCCCAAUCAGUUCAACUCGCGACUGCGCAAUAAGGGCUACUAUGUGAAGAUGGGCCUGCGCAAGAUCGUGGGUCGCAAGGCUGUCAAGGAUCUGCAGAAGGAGCUGCGCCUGGAGGUCGAUGGCAAGAUCGUCGAACUGCCACCCGUCGAUGGCAUUAUCAUCUUGAAUAUUUUGAGCUGGGGCAGCGGUGCCAAUCCCUGGGGUCCUGACAAGGACGACCAGUUCUCCACGCCCAACCAUUACGAUGGAAUGCUGGAGGUGGUCGGCGUUACCGGCGUGGUCCACUUGGGUCAAAUCCAAUCCGGAAUUCGUACGGCUAUGCGCAUAGCCCAGGGCGGUCAUAUCAAGAUACACUUGAACACUGAUAUGCCCGUGCAGGUGGAUGGAGAACCCUGGAUCCAGAGUCCCGGCGAUGUGGUCGUUCUGAAGUCGGCCCUCAAGGCCACCAUGCUGAAGAAAACGAAGAGUAAGCGCCGUCUCACGGAGCCGCAUAUCUCGCCGGCGGUUCUGAGUCUUUCGGUGGCCCAACAGGGAUCGGGAUCGGGAUCGGUAUCCGUAUCGGGAUCCCCGCAGUCCCAGUCGCAGCAGCAACUGCAGCAGCAGCAGCAGCAGCAACAACAGCAGCAGCAGCAGCUGGCCGAGAAUGGGGAGAAGGAGGCUUCGAUGACUCUACCUGCCGGAUUUGGCAGCACCUAGAGCUUGGCUACCGGCCUGCGAUAUUGGUUCUCCUGUUUCAAUCCAUAAAACCAGAUAGACAGAUAGCCAGACCAUAACCCUUUUAACCCAUAACAGAUCAGAGAUCAGAGCAGAGAUAAUGGCCAAAUUGUAAACGCUAAUCGAAUAUUUAAACAAGAGCAAAACUCCAAUGCGCAAGCAAAUAAAACUUAAUCUUCCAAAAGCGAGAAAUAGCAUUAACAAGUCAAAUGACAAAAAGAAAGUAAAAAGUAAAAACUAAAAAAAUAGCUGUAAAUAAAAGUAAAAGUGCUGUCAAGCUCUGAAUACUUUGAACCACCACCCAAGAACACAGACCACCCACCAAGCCAACCAAAACCACCCACUGCACAAGAAGAACUGUGACCACCGCUAUUGAACUUGAACUUAGCUAACUGAAGCCACCACUAUUCACCUACGAACACCAUAUACCACACACCAAACACACAAGAAACACACCACAGCGCCUAGAAGUUGUCUACAAUAUUUUAUUAUUCAUUUUUAUGCAAUAACUAUCUUUGAUUUUUCCUCUUGAAGGAUCGAAUUUGAUCGAUUUUGUUUCCAUUUCCGUUUCUAUUACCGUUUCCGUUCCGUUUUCAAAUGCAAGCUUUCGUAAUCCAUCAUUCAGUAUCGAAAUAUGUAUAACCGAAACCAUUUAGUUGAUUGAGUUCCGUUGCAUUUUGCCUGAUUUCUCAGCUAGCUUUUGAAGCACUUAUAACUCAAUCUAAGCUAAGGCAAACCAAAUUUAUUUCCUUUACGUUAACGCUCUAUUUUCUUACUCUCUUUUUCUCUCCAAAAUGAAAAUACACAAAAAAAAAUCACACGAUACAAAAAAAACAAAUGCUAAAAAAUGUGACUUUAUGAAAUCGAAACUUUUUAACUAAUUAAUGCACCGGACGCUUCUAUGCCUUUCCAAACUUUUCAAUAUUUUACAUCUCUAAAAACCUUUGAAAAUGAAAAUCCAAAAAAUAUUACCGUUGAACGCAGGCCACCAUGUUGAAAAAGAACAAGCUGAAAAUGAAACGCCGGAAUACGGAACCCACCAUGAUG